AACAAAUAUCGGGACGAGAAUAGAGAUGAAAAUUCUUGUUCAGAUAUUCGAAUUCUAUCAAUUUGAUCCAUUCUAAGACACGAAGAGCUGUGGCGACGAAGUUCAGGCAACAGACCCUAAAAUACCGCCAAAACCAGUCAUUUCGUUUUCUUACAGGUUUUGUUAAUCGACGCUGCUAAAUUAUCUGUCUGGUCACCUGGUCCGAACCCAAAUCCGAGACAAGUCUGAUACAUCAUGGAUCCUCCCGUUAAGGAUAUAGACCGAUUUCCCGAGAAAAUCGAAGAUGAGAAAGAGGGAGGACCCUCUUUCCAUUGUGGUCUCUAUGAUACAGAAGUAGUUCACAAGAUAGCACAAGCUUUUCUUCCGGGUUUGGCCACCGCGUGUGUUGACAACACGACGGGUGAUAUCUUCAGAUACCCUGGUUCGGUGGCUGCUGAUAUUAGAAAAGAAAUGAUUGAGUAUCUUACUCACAGAAGUGAGAGUUUUGUGGCUGAGCACAUUGUUCUAGAAGGGGGUUCAGAGGCAGAGGCCUCUAAUGAUCCACUCGAUAUCAUAUCUGAGUUCAUCGAUGAUUUUGCCACGUCAAAGAGAAAUCUGUUCAGCCGGGUUUCGGGUUGGCUGCUGAGUGAAAGGAGAGAAGACCAUAUCGAUGAUUUCGGGCAGGAGAUGGAGAUAAACGGGUUUUGGUUGAUGGAUCACCGAGAAGCAAUCGCUCAGACUUUACUUAAGAACGUUGAUUUUAAGAACAGUUUUCACUGUAAGUUGAGUUUUAAGACACGGGGAGAACUAGAUGAGCAUUUCGGACAUUGUGGGUAUAGAUCAAUGGACUGUGAAAACGAGGGUUGUACUUCUGUCUUUUGUGCCAAUCAGAUGGAGAAUCAUGACUCGGUUUGCCUGUUCAAGAUAAUCCCGUGUGAGCAGAAAUGCUCAGAGAGUAUAAUGAGACGAGAAAUGGACAGACAUUGCAUCACUGUAUGCCCUAAGAAGCUUGUUAAUUGCCCGUUUUACGCCAUUGGUUGUGUCUCGGGUGUACCUCAAUGCGAGCUCCAACAACAUCGUAUCGAUCAUCUAAGUUCACACUUGAUGUACGUUCUUCGCGGGGUCUACAAGAAAGCAUCCAUUGAUGAUCUGAAACCCAGGGUUGAACAGAUACAACAGUUGUCUACACGGUUAGCUGAAGCACGGGACGCGAGAUCUCUAACCCAUCUAGUCAAGGAUAUUGAUCCAAAGCUGGGGCCUUUAGUUAUGAAACCGAAAGAAAUCAAACCAAAAGGCGAAGUUAACGAAGGAGAAAAGGAUACUACAGAUUCAGUGGACGAUGUAUCCGAAGAAACCCAAAAGAAAGCUCUUAACUCGGAAGCUGAUAUCACGGGAAAUGUUGAAGAUGAAAGAUUGGAAAUGAAGAUCUCAACAGAUGGUUCACCAGAGCAAACUUCGGGAAAAACACCAGAAGAUGAUGGAAAAGAAUCGGAGAAGGGUUUAGCAGACGGUCUAAUGGAGGAUUCUGUGAAGAAAGAUUCUGAAGCGGAAAACGACGUAAAGGAAGACUGUAAGCUGAAAACUGAUGAAGCUCAAACUCGGGUACCUGAUGCUGAUGAAAGCAAAGGUUCAGAAGUUAAAGUCACCGACACUUUUGAUGAAGAGGGAAUGGAGACAAAGAAUUCAACAAAAUCUGUGUCAGAAGAAUCUGAAUCUGAAACUGUACCGACAAUGGUCAUGGACAAGAAGGAUGAAGAGGAAACACAUACAAUAGACUCAAUAAAACAUGCAUCAGAGGAAUCUGAAAUCGAAGCUUUAUCCACCAUAGUCGUGCAGAAGGCAGAUGAAGAGGGAAUUCAGAUGAUGAACACAUCAUUUCAUGCAUCAGAGGAACCUGAAAUCGAGGCUUUAUCCACCAUAGUCAUGGAGAAGGCAGAGGAAGAGGGAACUCGGAUAACGAAAUCGUCUUCUCAUGCAUCAGAGGAAUCUGAAACUGAAGCUCCACAUACAGUAGUAGUCAUGGAGAAGGCAGAUGAAGAGGGAAUUCAGACGAUGAACACAUCAUUUCAUGCACCAGAGGAACCUGAAAUCGAGGCUUUAUCCACCAUAGUCAUGGAGAAGGCAGAGGAAGAGGGAACUCGGAUAACGAAAUCGUCUUCUCAUGCAUCAGAGGAAUCUGAAACUGAAGCUCCACAUACAGUAGUAGUCAUGGAGAAGGCAGAUGAAGAGGGAAUUCAGACGAUGAACACAUCAUUUCAUGCACCAGAGGAACCUGAAAUCGAGGCUUUAUCCACCAUAGUCAUGGAGAAGGCAGAGGAAGAGGGAACUCGGAUAACGAAAUCGUCUUCUCAUGCAUCAGAGGAAUCUGAAACUGAAGCUCCACAUACAGUAGUAGUCAUGGAGAAGGCAGAUGAAGAGGGAAUUCAGACGAUGAACACAUCAUUUCAUGCAUCAGAGGAAUCUGAAAUCGAAGCUUUAUCCACCAUAGUCAUGGAGAAGGCAGAGGAAGAGGGAACUCGGAUAACGAAAUCGUCUUCUCAUGCAUCAGAGGAAUCUGAAACUGAAGCUCCGCAUACAGUAGUAGUCAUGGAGAAGGCAGAUGAAGAGGGAACUCAGACAAUGAACUCAGCAACUCAUACCUCCACAGAAGCUGAAACUGAAGUUUCCCCAAAUAAUAGUAAUGGACAAGAAAGAUGAAACAUGGAACUGAGAAAAAGAAAACUGCACAGUCAUCAGCCCAAGCUGAAACAAUAGAUUGUAUUUUAAACUCGUAAAGCAACAUGGAAUAUUUUCUUACAGAGUUUUGUGUGUUUUGUCUGAAGAUGUUCUCAUCAUUAAAUUUAUUCAACUUAAUGUAUUAUUGAUUUCUGGUUUUCCAA